CGGCAAAAAAAAAAUGAAGAAUGCCGUGAAGCGCACGAUAACAUGAGUAUAUGUCAUGAAAGUUAGGCUGUGUUUGUGAUAUGUUGUUUAAGGAUGGCCCUCACUAGAGCAAGUAAACUCACCAAAGGAUAUAAAACUUUCAUGCUCCUGGGUCAGUGUGUACCAUCAGUAAAGCAAAAUGCAUCUAAAAUCCGAGUGAAACGAUUGGUGUUGGAUGAGAAGUUACUAAUGUACUUUAGUGAGUUCGAAUACUAUUACGCUUAUGAUCCAGAAAAAAUCUGCAAGACAGGGGACAUGGUUCUGAUACAGCGUUUACCGGAGAAACUCACAAGACUUAUCACACACAAAGUUAUGGAUGUAGUGUACCCAUGUGGGGAUAUCACUGACCCCAUCACUGGCAAGAAGGUUGUAGUUGGCAAGUACAGGGAUGAAAUUGAAGAUGCCAACAAACUGUUCGGAGAAUCAGAGAAUAGGUUCCAGUAUGACAAAGCCCCAAAGAGAGGCUGGCUUGAAGACAAGAAAGAUUUUACACACAGAGAAACGUAUAUCAAAUACCAUGUAUUUGAAGAUGAUGACCAGCCAUAUGCAGUGUGAUUGUACUUAUUUCAAGUAGAAUAAAUGUAUGUUAUUUACACCAUAAAA